AGUAGGCAAUCAAUCAGUGCGAGACGUUGUGGUGUAUAAGUAGGCAACCAUCAAUCAGUGUGACGUUAUCGUCACUGUUGUACCUUACAAUCUUAAUUAACGAUGUUGGCUUCGAAGCAAUUGCGAUGGCUGUACGCAGUGAUUACUGCUUCCGUUUUUUUUAUUAUUCUCGUCUUAACAAAACGGCUGCAUCCGGUCACCGACAUACGAGUGGAUGGUCGCGAUCGGGACGACUUUCCUAUGGUCACGAGGGUGUUCGUGUCUGAUGGCGGUUUGUUUGCUGGACGUCAAUCAUCCUCUUCCUCCUCCUCCUCGUCGAGAUCGUUGUCCUCCUCCUCCUCCUCCUCCUCCUCCUCCUCCUCCUCGACAAGAUCAUUGUCCUCCUCCUCCUCCUCCUCGACAAGAUCAUUGUCCUCCUCCUCCUCCUCCUCGACAAGAUCGUUGUACUCAUCGUCAUCAUCAUCAUCACCAUCUUCGAUCUCAAUGUCAUUAAGGUCGUCUUCUUCACGGUUUGGAUCUUUGGCUACGGUGUUGGAGGAUAAGGAGAGAACGAAGGGAGAGCGAUUGAAUCUGACGCGUGCUUCGGCAUCUUCAUCUUCGUCAGGCUCAUCUGGAGUGCUCCAGGAGGAACGAAUAAAGGGGAGGGAGGGGGAGCGGAAGGAGGACAAGGAGGAGGAACGAGAGCGGCGCCGAGAGUACAGAGAGAAUGGUCUCAAGGCAGACGCGGCUGAUGGCGAUCCCGACGAGCGUGACGGAGGGCGAGCGAGGGAGAAACCGAUGCAAGAGGAGAGGACAGCCGACGGCGCGAAUGGGGAUGGGGAUCCCGACCAGCGGGACGGAUUUCGAGAGAGGGACAUACCGACGCAAGAGGAGGGGAUAGCCGACGGCGCGAAUGGGGGCUACCCCGACGAGCGGCGCGGAGGUGGAGAGAGGGAGACACCGAUCAUGCAAGAGGAGAGGAGAGCCGACGGCGCGAAUGGGAAUGGCGAUCCCGAUGGGUCCGACCGCGACGCGAGAUUAUCGAGGUCCCUGCCGCGAGUCGCCUACCUCUUGAGCGGGACAAGCGGCGACGCCCGACGAAUGCAACGGCUCCUUCUGGCAAUCUAUCAUCCGCGCAACGAGUACCUUCUCCAUCUCGAUCUCUCCGCUUCGCCGGAGGAAAAGCAAUCUCUCGAGAUUUUUCUACGUUCUAAUCUUGUCUUCAAGGCCAUCGGUAAUGUCGAGAUAGUUCAGAAGAGCAACCUAGUGACGUACAAAGGUGCGACGAUGAUAACCAGCACUCUUCACGGCAUCGCCGUCCUCCUGAGAAGGAAACGUAGUUGGGAUUGGUUCAUUAAUCUUAGUCCGUCUGAUUACCCCUUAGUCACACAGGACGAGUUGCUGUACGUGUUGUCAUCCGUGCCGCGCAAUCUGUCGUUCAUUGCGCACAGCAACAAGACCGAUCGAAUACAGCGGGCGAGAAUAGAACCUGUGUUCGUCGAUCCGGGAUUUUAUGGAACAGAGAAGUCUGAUCUGAUUCAGACCAAUCGGAAGCGGUCGAUGCCGACGGCUUUUCGGAUUUUCAAAGGGUCAGCUUGGGUCUGCUUGUCGCGCAGUUUUGCUGAGUACGUCAUUUGGGGAUACGACAAUCUGCCACGUCUGCUUGUGGCUUAUUUCGCGAAUUUCGUGUCGUCGCCGGAGUCUUAUUUCCAGACGGCGAUCUGUAAUUCGCCCGACUUCGCCGGGUCUGUUGUCAAUGUCGACCUUCAUUACGUCCAGUGGAUGGGGGGGGGGCAGCAUCCGAUGGUGCUCAAUGGGACUUGGUACAGUGCAUGGAGGGACGGUACCUUGGAAUUGCUGCAGGGGGGGACGACGGCCUUCGCUCGCAAGUUCAAAGAGAAUUCUUCUGUUCUGGAUGAAAUCGAUGAACACGUGUUGGGAGGGAGAAAGCCAGGAAGAUUCGCCGUCGGGGGAUGGUGCGCACGUGACAUGUCGAGUACUAACGAGGAGGAGGAGGGCAGAGGGACCAUGGGGAAGGGGGGGAAGGCGGCGGCGGAGGGGGAGGAGGAGAGGGAGAAGGUGAAGAUGGUGGGCGGGGAGGAAACGAACGCCGGGGGACGGCUAGUCCCCAUGAUGCGGAUGUUUCGUCGACGGAGGAUCUUUAGCGAUGGAGGAGGAGAAGCCGGUCGGGAUCGGGAUCAUGGCGGGGUUGUUGCUGGCAGCGUUCUAGGUUCAACUCCGUCUUCUCAUGGUCCGAUGGGGAGGACGAAUGAUCUCGGAUCCGACGGUGGGGAUUACCAGGUCGAUUCUCAUCGUAGUUAUUAUGAUGGAAAUGCGGAAGGUGAUGAUGAUGAUGAUGAUGAUGAUGAUGAUGAUGAUGAUGAUGACGACCCUUGCCGUGCUGUCGGUGACCCGAACAAUCUGCUCAUUCCUAAAGGGAGUAUUGUACUCGGACUCCGUACGUUACAAGGUAUGGAUCAGUCACAGCAGCUGUCGGGACGCCGUCCACCAUCGCCUGCAGACUCCAUCAGGCAAGGAGGCUUUCAUGCAAGCCCUUUUCAUCAUCACAUCCCGGGGCAAGAGCAGCAAACCAUUGUCGAAGGGGCAGAUGGAGGUCGAACGAUGGCUGGCAUGUCGUACGACCUGCCGCCUCUUCCGACAUUCAAACACAAGUCUGCCCCGCUGUACAACGCAGCGAAGGCAGGCACCACACACAACUCCACGACCGCUCAAAGCAACGACGUCAUGUCUGUCAGUGGAUUAACCUACAUGCGGCCGGACGGCGGACAGCCUCCUUCGACGGGAUUUUGGGGUUUGCUAUCAGGAGGAGGGACAAUGCCGCCACAGCAGAUAGUGGGGAUGCCUUCUUCUGGAUUGCAUGCUCCUCUACGUAUGGGUGGUGGUUCUUCGACGCUGAGCUAUGGAGGGGCCGAAGGGACCACGUACAUGGGAGCAAAAGGAAUGCAGUCGCCGGCUGGCUUGACGCUGGGUAUGGGUACACGGGGGGGGUGGGGGGAGAACAAUGACAUGGACCAGGCCCCCACUCUGUUCACCGCCGAAAGAGCGCCGGCACGGCAGUCGGCGAUGACACCUCCUAACGCCGAGUAUCAGCAUUCUACAUGCAAUGCGGGAAAUGAUGACGGUUGUGGUAGGAGGGAUGCUUGCAUGGGUGAGGCCUGGAGUGCGGCCACUGUCGACAUCGCUGGCACGCAGGCUGGAGGACGUGGUGCACAAGUUUUGGAGGACGAAACGCACGUCGUCAUGAUAACCCCGUUCAACAUGAGGGAGAAAGACCUUCAUCAUCCACCCUCAGUGGUGCCGUUGGAGGAGGACAGGCGGCGGGGAAAGCGAAGGUACGCUCUGCAGCAGCAAAGAGAAAGGAGGCAGAAAAUGAAGACAAGGAAGGAGAAGUACGAGUGGAUCGUUGUCCAGCUGGUUGCACAGGGAUUCGGUAAACGUUCGAUUGUGGAGUGUGAACUGAGGUUUUACAACCUCCUUGAUAAUGCAAGAAAAAUAAGGGAUUUUCACGACCGGUCGGGUAGAGGGCCGUACUGGACCUGCAAUCGGGCAGAGCGCAAUGUGGAGGGGCUGCCAUUGUCGUAUGACCGUCAAUUCUACAAAGCGUUGACGUGGAAGCUCGCUAAGCAGGAAGGCAGUUGCGAGACCUUGGUUCUCUCAGAAGAUUAUGUGGGAGGCCAAACCAGUGGCGUCACUGAUGGUGAUGAAACGGCUGGCGGAAGCGACAAUGCCAGACAGCGAAGAAAAGGGGGGAGUGACAGCGGAGAGCAAGGAAAAAGCCACAUGACCGGGGGAGGGCGAGGGAAGAGCCAUGAACAUGACCCCCACUCCCCAGCUGGUGCCAGGAAGGGAGGAUCUGUGACGGAGGACUGCUUACACAAGUCACAGAUGUCGUCGAAUCCCAUCGGCAACAUAUCGGACAUUGUGGACAUGGCUGGGGAUUUUGCGUUGACCCACAGGAGGUUGAUAGAACAAGCCCAUGACCUGGCAAGAAAGCGGGGCGUUCUGUUCGAACGAGUUUCGAAGAUGGUGGAGGAGAUGAAGCGGCUGCCCACGGAAAUUGACAACGCGAAUGUGAAAGAGGCCAUGGCGGUUUCGAAAGCGGAGGGCGCGGACCGCACCGUCGAAGUCUUGCGGGAGGAGGUGUUGCGGCUGCAGCACCUGCUGACCGCUGUCGAAGGACAGGACGAAAAUUCGUCGAAGGUGCAAGGAUGUACCCUGAGUGGCGAUCAUAGAGCCGCCUCUCGACCGUAUGAAGGAGGAGUAGCGAGUGUCGUCGUCUCUGUUGGGAUAAGGGUAUCUCAGAGUGCACCACGUUCGCAUGGCCACCGACGCGUCGGCACGCCCCCUUCGAUCCGCAGACCGUCUACCAUCGACGGGUUAUCCCCCGAGGCCAAUCGCCGUCAGGUGAGCGUUGUUGCUGAGCAGUUAAGGAGGGCAAUGGCUAUGGACCCAGAUGCAUGAUGUGGCGUCCACUCUGCAAAUUGGCGGAUUGUAUUUAGGAUAAUGUGUAACAACGGGCAGGAUAAACUGUUUUUUUUUUC